UGGACUGCAGUUGUGGCCAGUCGAGCUAUCUGACUGGGGCGAUUCGGUCCCUUGGGUGAUCUCUUGGUCUGAGAAUUAUAAAAAAUGUGUUCGUGUACUCUAUGAUACAUAUAGUAAACAAUUAAUUCACUUUCGGUCGUAUAUUUUUGUUACCUGAAUGUUAUUGAGAUUCGACUAACACACACGCUUAAGACGUUUUACAUUUUCGUGGAAAUCAUUGAUAUCUAGCAGUGGAAUAAUUGAAAAAGGAAGUGACAUCUUUAUAACAAAUAUAUAAGCCAUCACUGAACGAUCUAGAUGAUACCGAGAAGGUCUGUUCGAUAUAAGUGAUCCUGAGUAGGGACGCGCUUAUCAGCAGUGAAAACGACAACACAGGUACCGGAAGUAUGGGUACGGGGAGGUCUCGUGCUGGGCUGACGAGGCCCCAACGACUCUGUUUGAGUUAUAUACGAUCGUGGACAUGGCUUUCGAAAAGGAAGAGAUUCAAAAAUGGUACUGCGAUUUAUUAAGAUCCAAGGAUAUGAUAAUGGAUCGCCUUACCCAUGACGACUUCCAGGAACUGUUCUACAGUGUUUUUGCCAACAACCCCCGGGAUUUCGUCGACGACACCUUCCGCAUAUUCGACCCGAACAACGACGGCUACGUUGACUUUAAAGAGUUCAUUGUGGGUGUGUGCGUGUAUGGCACUGGCACUGAGAGCGCGGACCGGACGUUUCGUUGGGCGUUCCUUAUGUACGACACAGAUGGCACUGGCAAGAUUUCGAGAGAGGAAGUGGCCAUCAUGUUUAAGGGGAUCUUCAAGAUAGCUACGCGGAGUGUCAGCAACAAAGGGAACAUCCACCAAAACAGCUUCAACCAUGACUUUGUAGACGAUAGUAGAAGGAAUGGUCGACCAAAUCUUUACGGCCGUAGACAGAGACGGUGGCAACAAGAUUUCUGAGUUCGAUUUUAUUAACGGAACAAAACAAUUUCACGUGCUACUGCCACCAUGUCCGGUUAUGUCCUCAAACACUUGUAGCAGUUCUGUUGUUGUUUUAGAGCCAAAAAGGUACAUAUGAACUGGACUAGUAGGCCUACUAAACAAUGCACAUUAAGAUAUUUUUCAGAUGUUUGACUUGCGCUCAUGAUUUUGUUUGUGAGCGUUUUGUCCAGUAUGGUAGUUAAAUGAUACAUGAACGAUUAAAUAAAUGUUUAUGCUUGUGAUAUUACACAUAGCCUCUGAACGUUUUAGUUCAUACAAUGUUGCUUCAUCGGGAUUCCCAGUAAAUUAAAGCGUUCCGUACACCCAAUAAAUCGUUUGGAAUCUGUAUAUUUGUA